GUGAAAUUGUUGUUCACUAAUUUAAAGCACUAGCAUCCUAUUAUUUAUUAUUUGAUCGAUUCAGUGAUUCAAAUGAGGGAAACAAGAUGCCUUCCCAGUCAAACUUUUAUUUCAAAUAACCUUUCAUUUCAUUCAGAUCAUAGUUGUGGAAAUCACAUUUACUCAAGUACUGUAUUGUACAAUUUCGAGGCACUUGUACUUUGAUUGUCUUUAUUUUCCGCCACCUCACGCCUCCACUCCACUUCUAAGGGGGACUAUUGUACUUUUACACCAUUACGUUUAUCAGACAGCCAUUGUUACUGGCUUCUUUCCCGAUUAAAACUCCACACAUAAAAAAUAUGAUAGACUUCCACAAUAUGAGACAUUGCUAUAGAUGAAUCUACCAAACAGCAUAUAAAGUAAUUGAAAUAAGCUCUCCCUUGACAGCUGCAACAAACGCUGCUUUCACGUUGAUGCAUCGGUAGUAAUAUUAUAAUGUGUAACAGUAAAACAUCAACAGGUGCCAUUUUGCUGCACAACGAGUACUAUUGCUUUUGAUAUAAAAGUAAAAUCAAUAUUAAUAGAGUGUGGAAAGAACUUGUUGUUGACCUCCCUUUGACCCCAACACUCACCUCAUGACCUCAUUCACCCGGGCAGACCGUACGUGGUAUAUGUGGCAGGUUCAUUGUUAUACACCCAGGACGCAGCCAGCGUGGCUGCUGUGGGCUACUACGAGAGCCCAGGUUUUCUGGGUGUCAGCUGAUGGGGAGAAAUUGAUUUGAUUUAGGAAUAUGCUCGAUAUGAGAACAAAAUAAACUCAAAUGAUUUGGGUCUUGAAACUAGAUUUUGAACCAGGUCCCCUCCACGAGACAGUGUUUCAAGAAUAUAUAAUAAUGCAGGAAGUGUCUUAGUCAAUACUUAGCUAAUGCUCAGCAAAUUCUCUUAACACGUUCUCAAAAAGGUGCCCUUUAUAAAGGCUUUAUAUUUGGUCACUUGGUUCAUGAGUCAUUUAAUCAUGUUUUACAGAUCAAUUAUGAGAAAAACUCAUCUACUAAUAACUUUGGUAAGUAUUAAUGAAUGAAUACCAACAUUUGUAGCUGUGUUAUUAACAAAGAGAAAAGAUGAAAACCAGCAAAGUUUCACACUCAAUAUCCGUUCUGAUCUAUGGGGGACCGGUAAAUGACUUAUUAAUAAUGAAUAAAGCCAUUAUGACUCAUAAACAGCCAUGAAGGUGAAAAAUUAGAAAGUGGUUCCAAAAUUCUCAAACCAGUUUGUAAUUAAUAAAAUGACAAAGAACCGCCUGACACAAAUUGACACUGGGACUUUUAGUUACCUACUUUGCCCCAUUUGGUAAUCCAUUACUCCAUUACUAAUGGAGGAUUUUUACAUUGUUGUUUUACUUGUACUGCCAUACAAAAUGGGCAACUGCCCAGGGGCCCAAAAUCAUGGAGGGUCCCAAAAGCCACAGGGUUCAUCCAUCUCCACAGGUUUGGCUUUUUGAUUACUUACAAAUGUGUUCAGUUAUUUGCACCACUAAAGUACAAUAAUCAACCAUUACGGGUUAACCAUCUGGCCCUGUCGUGUGGAGGGACCACGUAUCAAAAUCUAGUUUCAAGACCUGUACUAUUUUAGUUUAUAUAAUGUGGAGCAUAUUCCUAAAUAAAGUUGUUUUAUCAAAUUACCACAAAAACAAAGACAUAUUAAGCACUGUUUCAGCACAGGAGGUCCGGUUGCGCAGGACUUAUUGUGAAGCUGGAGGCGGUAGGGCACAUAUUCAGGAAGCCUAGGUGGGGGCCCACAGCAAGUGUUUGCCCAGGAGGCCCCUCAACAGGUUAACGGGGCCAUGCGGGGGCUCCAUAAAACCAGACUGAAUGCAGAUCUUUGAUUGCAUGGACGGAUUCACGUGGGUAAAUCAAGAACGGGGCAACAAACAAUGCUCGAAUUUGUUUUGAAAAAAAUAACACCUUUCGUUUACUUCCGGCGACCAGAGACACUGGACGUGUUUGACAGUGGGCGAGAGUCGUGCGUUUAACGAGGAGACCUGAAGGCAGCAGAAGUAAACAUAAGAAGUUGUGGAGAAGCCGAGGGAGGGACUAUAUACGGUAAAAGUUUGUCGAAAAUUUCAGCACACCCUCGACUUCGCCCCUCAUCGCAGGAGAUUCAAGACUUCUUCUCAAAAGGAAAUUGAUCCUCAUCAGCCAUGGGUGUAGAGGGGGGAAUGAAAUGUGUGAAGUUCCUGCUUUUCUUUUUCAACUUCAUUUUCUGGUUGUGCGGCCUAGCAUUGGUUGUGGUGGGAAUCCUGGUUCAGUUGUCUUUGCACAACACCUUCAUGAUCCGUGAUGCGACAGCCUCAGGGGGUCCCAUCGUCCUCAUCGCAGUCGGUGUGGUGAUUUUCUUCGUCGCCUUCUUUGGCUGCUGUGGAGCCUGGAAAGAGAACUACUGCAUGGUCACAAUGUUUGCCAUCCUUCUCUCACUGGUCAUCAUUGUUGAGAUUGCAGCAGCUGUCGCUGGAUACAUCUUCAGAAACAAACUCUCAGCUGUCGUCCAGGAUAGCCUCACUGAAAUGAUUUCCAGUUACAACAGCAGCAAACCUGAUUUCAAAGAUGCUGUGGAUAAAUUGCAAAUGGAUUUGAAAUGUUGUGGUGUGAACAGUUCUUCUGACUGGAAAAACUUCAGACGUGAUGGAGACUCAGUGCCUGACUCGUGCUGUGUGAAAGUCACUCCAAACUGUGGAAUCGGGAGCAUGACAGACGCUGCCAAAGUGCACCAGGAGGGUUGUCAUGUUGCUGUGGAGGCUUUACUGAAGAAAAACAUCCAGUGGGUGAUAGUGGCAGCUCUUGUCAUUGCAUUCCUGCAGAUAAUGGGCAUUGUGUUUGCCUGCUUGUUGAUGAGAGGCAUACGCAGCGGCUACGAAGUCAUGUAAUUCAGCUUCACACCUGAGUAGGAGCUGGCUGUUCGGGUCACGCUUAUUUGGAGCUUCGUUUGGAAUCUUAUAAUUCACAUAUAAUGCACAGAACAAUAUAUUUUCCCCUUGUAUUGAUUUUGGAUUAUAUUUUCAUAGGUUAACAAUAUCUCUGCUUCGAUACUGUGCAUGUUUAGGAAUGCAAAAUGGUAGAAAAGAUUAAUGUCCACUUCAUUGCCAGUGUAUGUUUAUGUUGGUUUCGAGGAAUUGUGAUAUCUUUUACUUUGCUUGUUCUGGUAGAGACUUCGGAUCUGUUUCGGCAUUGAGUUUUUAUUGUUUGCUGGUUCCAGGCUGGCUGCCAGUUUCUGUUUUUAUUAAAGACUCUUUAAAUUA